AUGGCAGCUCGUCCCACAAACGCCGAACGACUUGACGAUCUUUCUGAAAAAGUAGAUCUCAUUCUCGCUCAACUCGCCACCCUCCACACACAACCACCCACACCACCACCCUUACCACCACCACCACCACGCCCUCAUAUCAAACUUGAAGUUCCCUAUUUCAAUGGCACCGACGCCAUGGGAUGGAUCUUCAAAAUAAAUCAGUUCUUCGACUACCACCGUACACCGGAGGAGGAACGACUUACUGUCGCUUCGUUCUACAUGAAAGGUCCAGCUCUGAGCUGUUAUCAGUGGAUGUACCGUAACAACCUCAUCACCACAUGGUUCGAUCUUUUGCAGGCCCUCGAAACACGUUUUGCACCCAGCUAUUAUGAUGACCCCAGCCAAGCCCUCUUUAAACUCACUCAACGCGGCUCCCUCAACCAAUAUCUCACCGAUUUUGAACGUCAUGCCAACCGUAUCAUUGGCUUGCCUCAACCUUUCCUCCUCAGCUGCUUUAUCUCCGGCUUGUCACCAGAAAUACGCCGCGAAGUUCAAGCACUCCAACCUGCAUCACUGUCCCAAGCAACUGCCCUGGCCAAGAUCCAAGAAGACAAAAUCGACGAACGCCGUCGCGGAUUCAAAAAGCCUGCGCCUCCUACAUCCCCAACAAUUACCAACACCCACACACCACAAUCCCAAAACAACACCCCCCGCCUUCAAUUCCGUAAGCUUUCACCGGAGGAAAUGUCUUCACGCAGAGAAAAAGGCCUCUGCUAUAACUGUGAAGAAACCUUUAUCCCUGGCCAUAAAUGUAAAGGCCGUUUCUUUCUUCUUGUCUCCGAUGACCCAGAUCCGGACCCAAACUCUCAAGAACCCCCACCCAUUUUCCAACCUGAGACAGACACCGCUAUUGAAUCCGAUCAUUUAGACGGACAAAUCAGCUUCCAUGCCCUCUCCGGUUCAGCCGCAACCGACACCAUACGCAUCAUCAGACAAAUUGCCAACCAUCCUGUUACAGUGCUUAUAGAUGGAGGUAGCACACAUAAUUUCAUCCAGAGUCGCAUGGCACAAUUUUUAAAUCUAAAAUCCACUCCGGUGACCACUCUUAAAGUCAUGAUGGGCAACGGUCACCUACUAGAAUGUCAGAGCCUAUGCAGUGACGUGGCCUUGACCCUACAAUCACACCCAUUUACCGUAGAUUUUUACUCUUUACCACUUAGUGGAGCAGAUAUAGUACUUGGAGCCCCAUGGCUUAAAUCCCUAGGCCCAGUACUAAUGGACUAUUCUUCCCUCACCCUCUCUUUUACUUACCACAACCAACCCAUUACCCUCAAAGCUGACGCCCCAAAAGGCCCAACACCCAUUUCAGCCCAACAACUUAAAAGGUGCGUCCAAACCCACUCUGCCUCUGAACUUUUCCAUAUCCAAAUGAUUCAAUCAAAUCCCCUAACGGUUCCAUCAGAAAUUCCACCCAUUCAGAACAUUAUUCUCAAAUACGCCUCCAUCUUCAACCCUAAUCCAGAACUCCCUCCUCCACGAAACUCAGACCAUCGUAUACCACUCCUUCCCUCAUCUUCCCCAGUUUCAGUCAGACCAUACAGAUACCCUUUCUCACAAAAGAAUGAAAUUGAACAACAAGUCAAAGAGAUGCUCCAACAAGAACUUAUACGUCCUAGUCGAAGCCCUUUUUCUUCACCAGUUUUACUUGUUAAAAAAAAGGACGGAACAUGGAGAUUCUGCGUCGACUAUAGAGCACUUAACGCAAUCACUGUCCGAGAUCGUUUUCCCAUGCCCACCAUCGAUGAAUUGCUGGACAAACUUGGUGGUGCCUCUUGGUUCUCCAAACUCGAUCUACGCCAAGGAUUUCACCAAAUCUGA